GAACGCCCGAAGUCGACGACUGCUGUCAAAAACUCGUGUCCGCGUUAUUCAAUCGAAAACAACGAAAAAAAAAGUUCUUCGCGAAUUUUACGGAAUAAUCAAAAGUUUUCCGACGGAAAUCCCACCAGAAUGCGUUUCUCGGCGGUUCUGCUCCGACAGCACAUCGGGUUCCACUUCAAGAAGCACUGGAUCGUCCAGGGCAAGCGCGUUCCGGCGGAAACGGGAGCCCAGGCGGAAUUAGCCGACCGCGGCAUACCGGUGGUGGAUCCGAACGAGCUGAUCAGCGAACGGCGGGUAGUCGACCCGAGCCAGCGGGUACAAGUGGUGGGCCAAUUGCCUCCGGAGGUCCAGUUGGACGAGAAUCAUCCGCUUUACAAGCGGGACCAGUGCUACCUGUAUGGAGAUCGGAACGUACUGCUGGAGGGUGUCCGGCAAGCGCAGGUUCUGCUCAAUACGGUUGUGUAUGAUGAGCUGCCCUUGAGGGUGGAGGAGCGGCUGGACAAGAUGAAGAUUCCGACCCCGCUGGAUCGGUCCAUGCAGCAGUCGGUGCUGGCAGCGCUCGUGUUCGACACCGAGCAGGUUAAGACUGCGCUGGUCAAGGAUCCGGAACGGCCGGCGUUCAAGUUUCCCCGGGUGUACGGGAUUUCCAACGAGAAGAGGAAUCGCCUAAUCCUCUCCAAACUGGUGACCCACUGCGAGCGCUUCCUCGGUCCGGAAGUGUCCUCCAACCGGAAGAUCAUCGCCAACACACAGUUCAUCGUCCCCGUCAUUAAAGACCUCGAUCGGAUCCAAUUCUCGCUCAAAGUGGACAGUUUCAUCACCUCCACAGCUCCCAUCAAACCCCUGGACAACUCCGUCUACCGUCCGCAGGAUCAAUCCCUGCCGGACAUCCACCCCGUCAAGGAAACGGUCACCAUCCCGACCACGCAUUUCUACGAGUGGCAGAACGAGUAUCCCAUCAGCCGGCAGUAUCGGUUCUCUCAUCCGCACACAGUACUCCUGCACUGCUCGCCCGAAUCCGUGGCGAACAUGUUUGAAACCCCCGUAACCGACGACCAAAAGGAAGCCCGGGCCAUGAUCAAAGCCUUCACGGUGGCGGCUGCCCGCGCCCGGCAGCUGUACGGGGAGGACGUGCAGGCCCUGCCGGCACCCAUCAACGUGCAGGUGGUGCAAACCGACAGCCAGUGGUUCCACUUUAGUAUCUUCCACCUCAACACGCUGGACCUGAAGGCAGAGGAAGGUGGCCAAAGCAGCCAAAGUCGGAACUUAUGGUUCCGGAAGCCGCGGAUGGACCUCUACUCGGAGUGUGGCUAUCGGGUGGGUAAACCGGCGCUGGUUGAUUACAAUCGCGAAGUGCUGCGGCAUAUGGCCGUGUUCUAUGGAAGUAGCUAGAGUGGUGGUAGUGGCGGUGAAGAGCAAGGGGUUUCGGAAGUUGUGAAAGUGAAUUGUGGGAAAUGUGGCAUACGAAGAGAAGAAGUUGAAAUAAUAAUGCUGAAUUAGUGAAUAGUGAA